UCGCGAGCGCGGUGAUCGCGAGAAAAAAAAAAAAAAAAAAGGCCAUACUUUGUCCCGUGUCCAGCUACCCGGUGUCGCGAGCGCCAGAGACAGUCCACAACACGUGACCAUGAAGGCGAGCUACGCCUGCGUUCAUUGUGGUGAGAUGCAGCAGCAGCUCUACAGGAGCUACGGUCCAGACCUGCUAAAGUUGUCCCGAUGCUCCCGUUGCAAUCAUGUGGUUGACGAGUACAUUGAGAUGGAGUUCUCGAUUGUCCUGAUCGACGUGGUGUUGCAAAAGCUGGAGGCAUACAGGCACAUCAUCUUCAACGUCGGAAUGGGGAGGCCUUGGAAGAUUGCGUUGCUCUUCCUGCUUGGCGAAGCCCUGGAACACUGGAUGUCAAGGCAACAGACGCACAAGGCUGGCUAUGACUUGGAGUGGCACUUCUAUAUCAUCUGCCUGUUCCUCAUUGCUAGUAAUGCAGUCUUUAUUGCAAUGGUCAUCUUGCUCACGAGUCUGUGUACACGCUGCCUUUGUGAUAGGACACUGCUGGCACGAGCCAUGGUACUGGGCAGCUACGGAAAGCUGCUGGCACUCCCCGCCAACCUGUGGGGGUGCGACCGCUAUCAGUCGCAGCUCUUCCUCGCAACCUUCUUCCUGUUCUCCCAGGUGCAAGCCUGUAGAGCCGUUACUGGAUUGGGACGCCUCCAGACAGCGGCCAUUGUGUUUGCCUCCUACAGUUUUCAGCGGAGCUUGAACAUUUGGGUGCCCCCCUUCCUGUGACCGUGGACAGUAGCUCACCAGCCCUUGAAUGUCUGUGCAAAGGCGUCUUCAAGUGGAGUCGCCAUUGAAGCACUCACCCACAGAGCCACUCAAUGAUGAUUGAUGAAGUAGGCUGCAAGUGUUCCUUUCAGAUGCAUUGUUGACCUCUCAAGAAUUUUAGUGACUAGCACAUCAUUUCAAAUAUAGCGGACUGUUAACUUA